AUGUAUCAUUACACCAGUCCACCACCGGGAUGGUCCACCUACGACUACUCCCAGUCGCCACCUACCUCGCCUCACUACGCGUACUACGCAUCUCAAUACGCCAACACAUACACCUCGCCUCGCGGCACGGGCACGGGUACGGGCACGCGACGACACACUCGCAAGGCCAGCUAUACGGCCACCAAGGACCCCAGCUAUUACUCAGGUUACUCGCAGCCUUACUAUGAGGCGACGCCUGAAUAUGGCAUGCCGCGCAAGCACGAUCAUGUAAGUGCUUCUUUCGCGGGCUCGCCCAAACACCGUCGCACCCACACGACUGGUCAUCCUGCGGGGGAUGGCCUCGGCCCCGGUACCGGCACCGGAUUCAGCUCGCAAUGGCAGCAGCAGCCCAUCUUUGAUGUGGUUGACGAUGCAUUCGAUGUUCCGCGCUACGCUUCGCGCGAGCAGCCCAGACGCCCUGGCCGUCCCCCGGCCACGACUCCCAAACGAGAUGCCCCCCAAGGCCAUCGUCGCACCGCUUCGACUUCUCAUCGCAAAUCGAACCCACCCGCUGAUUCUCACUUUUACUUCAAUCAGGUUCCUAACUCCGAGGAUAUCGAAGCAGCCCGUCGUCAGCACGCUCGUCGCCAGUCCACUUCCACUCGCACUCCCAAGACCAAACCACCCCCCGCCUCAAAACCUCCACCCGUCGCUACCGAGGAGGACGCCGAGCGCGCUGGUAUCCCACCCGGCUACUCGAUCAAGAACUGGGACCCGACCGAAGCCCCCAUCAUUCUCCUCGGUAGUGUAUUCGACGCCAACUCUCUCGGCAAGUGGAUCUACGAUUGGACCGUUUUUCACCAUGGCGCAUCAACCCCCAUGGCCGACGUGGCGGGCGAUCUUUGGCUUCUCUUGAUCAAACUCGCGGGCAAAGUUAAGCGAGCCGACGAAUGCCUCCUCGUAUUCAACGACAAGAUGCAGCGGAGGUGGUUGAAGAUUUCUUAG